AUGAGUAUUCAAUUGAUUGGACUAUCUCACACCAAGCAGAAGUUUCAAAGAAGCUUAUCAGCGAGAAUCGCGAGCCUCUUGGCCAUGACGGGUAUUAAUAAUGUCCCAAAGGGUCAUGUUGCCGUGUACGUGGGGGAAACUUACCAAAGGAAGAGAUUUGUGAUACCUAUAUCAUACUUAAACCAUCCAUUGUUCCAAGCUUUGUUGAACCUCGCAGAAGAAGCGUUUGGGUUCAAUCAUCCCAUGGGAGGUCUAACCAUCCCUUGUACUGAAGAUUACUUUACAACUCUAGCUUCUAUUAUAAAUGGUUCGUGACAAGAGAGAUCAUUGGUCAUCACAAUAUUCAUUAAGCUUCCGUAUACAUAUAUAUUUUUGUAUUUUCUUAAAUGUAUUUAAGGAAGAUGUAUUUAAGGAAGUGGAAAGGAAAUAACUCGAGGUUGAGAUACUAAUUGAGCCUGUGUCAAUUUAGACCUAA